AUGGCAAGCUUGCCCGGCUUCACCACAAACUUCGCCGCCGGCUACCCGACCUUCCAGACGCCCGCCGGCACCUUUGCCCACGGCAGCUCGUCGUCGGGAGAAUCGCCCUCUGUGCCCAACCCGCCCGCUGAACCCCACUUCGACAUCUUCGACUGGCAUCCCGCCUACCAGAGCUGCCAGCGCUACUUCCUCGACCACGCCCAGCACGACAACGGCGUCCAGGCCGUGUGCGCCCUCAUCAACAUCUGCCUGCCCUUCCAGUGGUCCCCCAACCCCCUCAUCAACGCCUCUGCCCCGCUGCCUCACGCCUCUGCCCCAGCCGCCUACAACAUGCCCUGGCCGCGGCAGGGCCCCAUGACGACGGCCCGAGGCCAGCCGCCGCCCGCAUGGGUGUCUCUAGUCCCCUUCAUCCGCCGCCUGGUCGUGACGGGAAUGGACAGCUCGGGCAUCAUGCACGGCUUCUUUGGCGAGGACUGGAGAAAAGGCGUGGGGCCAAUGCACGAGUGCGAGCGCCGCAACUACCUCUUUACCGCAAAGAGCGUAGGCUGGGCCAAGGUCAAGUGCCAGUACGACAUGUCGCCUCACGAGUCAGUGCCCUUCCUCAAGCCGCUCCAGGAGGUGCAGCUCGCCGAGAUCGAGGGCGCUGAAAAGACAUGGAGUCAGUGGCUGGCCAUGGAGGACUGGAUGGUGGGCCCGCGAGCACCAGAUGCCCAAGACGAGCAGCUCGACGCACGCCGCCGCCCUUCUUGAGCCCUGCGUGCCGAGUACCAUCUUGCCGACUGUAUAUACAUAUCAUGCUUGUCAAGCGCUAGGGCCGAGGCUGCCUUGUACGACACUACAAAGCUGCUGACGUGGGGCGUCUGUGAUUCGCGACGACUGGGGAGGGGUCAGCGACCGGGGAAAACAUGCGCCAUUGAAUGGCGCGGAACGCGUACUUACAUACAUACAUGCAUGCAUCACGAUACCACGUGGGGAUGCGCAUAUUUCGGUUUCACGUUGUAGUGUACAUAGCAUUUUC